UCAAGCAUCACCGGCCACUUCCUCAAGUGACAACCCAGAACUUUCCAAUCCUUGCCUUGAGCGCGGACGAAUGAAGCAGCUAAAGCAGGCACCGUGCACAGGCAGCAACCUUCAAGCGCAUCAUGUUUCGCUCGUAUGCAUCGGGCGCGGAGGAGGGAGUGUUCUGCGGGCAUCUGCAUCGUCACGCGCGAGCAUCGCUACCCGCUGCCCGCAGCCUCGACGCCAACAGCUCGCGCCCGCGCGCGCGCCUCUACGUGUGCUAUCUGAAAUGGGCCGUGCCGCCUCGUCCACCAGCAGCACAACCACCUCCAACUCCAACCCGGCUUCCCCUGCUGCCUACCUAGAGCCGGGGCCGUACAGCUGCCGGCAGCUGCCAGGCCAGCUGUCCUUCCUGAUUGGGCAGGGCAGCUCGGGGCCCCUGGACUGCGCCGUGCGCGUGUUUGUGCCGGAGGACGGCUCCGGCAUGCCGCGGCGCUGGCCGCUGGUGGUGCUGUCCGCCGGCUUCCUGCUGCGCAGCGAGCUGUACGACAGCUACGCACGUGACCUGGCGGCAUGGGGCUUCGCGGUGGCGUUGUACGACCUGCCUGAGAUCACGGAUGACGUCACCAUGGUCUCUGCCAUCACCUCCAUUCUGGACAUGGCCACUCGCGACCCCCGGGUCUCCCCCCACGUGGACUCGGGCUGCCUGCUGCUGGCCGGCCACAGCCGCGGCGGCAAGCUCAGUGCGCUGGCGGCGGCGGGUGACCCGCGGGUCCGCGGCAUGGCGCUGCUGGACCCGGUGGACGUGACCGGCAUGACGCCCAUGGGCCCCAACUACCCCUCCGCGCUGCCCGCUAUGCGUGUGGCGUGCGGCCCUCCCCGCCGGCUGCCGGCGCUGGUGGUGGGCGCGGCGCUCAACGGCGACGUCAUUCCCGCAGACGGCAACUACAAGCGGUUCGCCAGCGCCACGCCCGGCCCCUGCUGGCUGGUGGAGCUGCGGGGGGCGGGGCACUUGCAGUUCCUGGACAUGCAGGUGGGCCUGUUCUCUAUGCUGUCCAAAUCCGGACCCACGCCCGACGACCUUGUCCGCCGCGUCAGCAAGGCAGCGCUGGUGGCCUGGGCGCGGGAGCUGGCGCUGCCGCUGGCGCGCGGCGAGCAAGUGGACGGACAGCAGGCAAUGGACCGGCUGCAGCAGACAGCCGCCGCCGCCGAGCGCCUGGCACCCCUGAGCUACAGCCUCAAGGGUUUUGAGCCCCUGGGCGCGGCGGGCAGCGUCAGCGGCAGUAGCGCCGGCAGCAGCAGCUGCUGUGACACAGACGUGGGCAGCAGCAACAGCAGCAGCAGCGGCUUCGGAUCGGGCGCUUUCGGCUCUGGUGGCUUUGGCGCAGGCGGCUUUGGCGCCUUUGGCUCCGGCGCCGGUGGAAGCUGGGGCAGCUGGGGCGCAGGGCCCGCUUCGUCUUCUGGCGCUUCGUCGCCCGGCGCUUCAUCUUCUGGCGCUUCGUCUUCCGCCCCCACCUCUUCGUCUUCUUCGUCCACCGGCGGCGCGCGCAAGACCUGGUCGUCUUCCUGGUCGGGCGGCUUCAAGGCGCCAGAGCCAAGCAGUGACUGGUCCAACUACACCUCCGGCUCCAGCUCAGCCUCCGCGCCGCCUCCUCCUCCGCCUCCUCCCCCUCCGCCUCCGCCGCCACGCUCCGGCCCCUCCACCUCCUCCACGUCGUCUGGAUCCGGAUCCGGAUUCGCGCCUGUGACGUCAAGCUACGAGGAUCUGAUGAAGAUGCGCGCCAAGGCCCUGAAGGCGCUGCUGGUGGAGCGGGGGGUGGACUGCUCCGAUUGCUUUGAGAAGGCUGAUCUGGCACGCCGCAUUGUGGAGCGCUGCCGGUAGGUUGUUGUGGAGUUGUUGUGUGUCCGGUAUGCAGCGCUGUUGUUGGGUUGGUUGACAGCAAGAGAACGGCGGGGAGCAUAGCGGGUGUGGCCUGAGAAGGUGAGGGUUUGUUGGGUUUGUUGAGUACGGUAUUGGCCAAGCGAGGGCGAGAGGGGGUCAGAGGCAUGUACCGGUAUGUCCGCUUAUGGGCGUCUUAGGAGGAUGCCGCGGCGCAUGUUGUUGCGGCAUACUGGUACAUGGUAGUAUGUUACUGCUGUCUGGGGUGGAUUUGCAAGUUCCACUGGCAUGGGUACAGCAGCCUGCAUGCCUGAGGUUGAGGUGCACGCCACAGGUGCACGCGGGUGUACGCGGAAUCGUGUUCAGGGCAUACACACACUCAGCUGGGAUUUUGCACUUUGAGGGACGGUGACAAUUGCUUGCACUUGAUUGUAAUUGCUGUACAGUUUAAGUAGCGGCAAGAGGACCUGAAACAUCGCGGCAGGGGGGUCGUGCCCCCGCCUGCGCUGGAUCCAAGCUGACCGGUUUGCGGGACUGCCGGAGGCACUCAGGUUGUGGUGCUACAUGAAUAAGACAUAG